AUGGAAACAAACAAAGGUGAUGUGAGGACCAGAGCAGACAAGGAAACAAAUUCUCUCUUUUUAAGAAAGGAAAUCUUCGACCAUGCGGUUAUAUACACAACGAACAAGAUAGAGGAAAGCGUUUUACUAAUUUAUUUGAAAAAUUUAUAUGAGCAUUUUAAAAAUUCGAAAGGAAAGAAAGAGGAUGGUGGGAGUGUGCACCACGAUGAUCAAAUGUAUGUCACUUUGGAUAGUUGGCUAAGUUACAAUGAAGCCAUAAAAGGACAAGACAAUAUUUGUUCAGCCAACUUUACCCAUAAUGUCUGCAAAUCUCUGUGGAUCCUCUUAAGUAUAACUUUGCAGAGCGUAAAGAAGAAGAACAACGUCAAUGGGCAGAAGACGAUAUUUAACGCGUCGCUGGAGGAGUUGCAUAAGCAGGGGGGUGACCGAAGGGGGGGAGAGGGGCAUCAGGAGAGUGAUAAACCAAACUGGCGGGACGAUACAAGCGGGGUGACUUCUCUCAGUUCGAGUCACACCAAUGGUAGUAGUCAAUUUGGCAAAGUAGGCAUCCAUAUGGACAGCAGUAUUGUGGCUGACGUAGCCCCCAACAAGCAUUGCGGUGGAGGGAAAGACGGGGCAAAGGGAGACAGUCCUGCCGACGCGUGGAAUGAAAAUUGGCUAGACGAAGAGGUGUGCAUAGAGUUGGUCAUAUUUUUUAUAAUUUUGCAAUUUUUGAAAAUAGAUAAUGUGAAGAGGAAGUACGACAAAAAUUUGAGCGAAGACAGUUGGCCCCACUUUGGCAGUUCUCCCAGAUCCAUAUCCAACUCUUCGUCUGGAUUAGGUGGUGUUGUCAAUGGUGUAGGAAGUAGCAGCCUGAAUGGGAGUAACAGUCCAAGUAGUGGUAUGUCCAAAUCGAACCUGUCGGAUUUUUUCCAUUUCUGUGGGAAGAAUUACAAGCAUUUUUUGAAGACCUACCUUAUUGCCUUUUUAUGCGCAACGGAUAUUGUCAAUAGUAGCACCCUCACGGAUACACCCCUCUACUUUAAAAGCGAACAUCUCUUUCUGCUCGAUUUUAUAAUAGACACAAAUGACCAUACCAAUGUGUAUGAGAAGUACCUACAGAAGAAUGAGCCAAAAAUUUUGUACAAAACGAAGGAGAUCCUAACGUGGUUGUUAAGCAACUUAUGUAUGACGGAUUGUGUGGGGGAUGAAAUGGCCAAGGGGUUAUCACACAACGGGCAGAGUCUCUCUUCAACUACACCCCCUUGCAGUAGUAACGAUACAAAUGGACCCCACUACGGCAUCGAAAAUAUUAAGAACGAUAUUUUUGAGAUAAAGAAUAUGCAGGGAAAGACUAUUUACAUAACGAGUGACAAAAAUAUCGUAAACAUAAGUAACUGCAAAGAGUGCAAUAUUUUUAUUUUUUCGAAGGUAGAAUAUUUGAAAAUUCAUUUGUGCGUAAAUUGCUGUAUCAUUUCGCUAGCCAUAGAAAUGAUCUCUACUUUUUUUAAUUCCAAAAAUUUGGAUGUGCAUUUAGUCACAAGGAGUCUCAAAAUAGAGAACGUCAUUGACACGAAUGUGUAUGUUUACACCGAGACGAAUAUUAUUAUUUUUGGAGAUACGAGGAACAUCCAGCUUGCUCCUUAUAACAUCUUGAAUGCGAACCAGGGGAGGUGUCUCCGAAAGAGCAGGAUCUCUUUUAACAGUAAGAAGUGUGACCUCUUUGCGUUUCCUUUGAAGUGUAAAACCAGUUUGUUCCACUCAGUGGGUUUAUCCGGGGGGGCAAACUUUCCCCUUUUGCUCAAGUCGCCAAGUGGUGCCCUGUCCCGCUGCAUCGACAAGAGUACAACUACUUCCGGUGGGAGUACUACGAACGAUGUAGGUUCGACUGAGGAGAAGAACGAAGGUACGGGUGGCAAACCAUUUGACAUGGCCAACCUUUCCAGUUCAUUCACUGACUACGUCUACUAUUUGCUGAGUCCGUCGAAGUUUUUUCUGACGGAGUUUCCCACCCCGAGUUGCUCAUCCGAAGGGGGAGACGAAACCGCUGGUGGGGAACAACACGAAGAGGAUUGCUCCAACCAUUUGGAUGACACUCAUUACAACUCCGAUGGGAAGCAAUUGCCCCCCGGAGAAGGCACAUACAAGAACACGCAGCAGAGUCAGAAAUAUGAAUGCCUCUACCUCCCGGAAGUUUAUAAAAACGCCAUAGAAAAUCAAGACGAUCACAUUUUGCAGUUUUUAAGUUUUAUGGAUAGCAUCCACCUGUCAGGUGUGCAGAUGCAGAAGGUGAAAAAAAUACUAACGUAUAAACUGUAUGCAUAUUUGAAGACGUCCAAGAAGGCCUUCCGAGUGCUCACCGAUUUUGUCUCCCAGGAGCAGGACGUGCAGGGCGGUCCAUAG